UCCAAUUUCCUAGUUCAAACUGAAGGCACCAUCGCCGACUUCUUCGACAACAGAUCAUUGAUUCAGCCAUGGUGUUUAUUUUGAAAGGGCCUCCCGGAAGCAGCUCGCUCUCUAACUGACUCCAUCUUGACGCCGGCGGCUCCCUCGUCGCCUCCAUUCAUUUCGUUCGCGCACAGUCGCAUCCGAGUAGCGAGCCCUCCCCUCCUGCUUCUCUCCGCCUGGAAAGAUGGCUGCUCCGGCGGUGGUGGUGAGGAGCUCCGGCCCGCCGCUCUGCCCGAGCUUCGCGGAGGUCUGCUCGUUCCUGGAGAGGUACGGAGCGGCGCUGGACCUUCCCGAGAUGACUUUCCCGGAGAUGGAGGUGUAUCUGCGGGACACCGCGGAAGUUCCCAAACCUCUGGUGGAUCUUCACGUGAAGCUGCUCAGAAAACUGGGGAAGUCUGUGACGACCGACCGCUGGGAAAAAUACCUGGCUAAGGUUUGUCAGGAGCUGAACAGCACGUGGGCCUGGGAGCUGGAGCAGAAGGGGUACCAGGAGAUGUCUAUGGAGUGCAAGUCCAGCAUCCUCAAGUAUCUGUGCGAGUGUCAGUUUGACGACAACCUGAAGUUUAAGACGUUUGUCAACGACGAGGACCCGGAGAAGAUGCGCCUGCAGCCCGUCGGUCGGGACCAGCAGGGCUUGAUGUACUGGCUGCAGCUGGACCAGGACCAGAACAUCCGGCUGUACACAGAGGAGCAGGACGACCUGGACGGAUCCACCUGGAAGUGCAUCGUCAGGAAUCGUAACGACCUGGCCGAAGCUCUGGACCUGCUGAAGGCUCAGGUAGAACCGAACCAGAGUCAAGACCAGAACCAGGCUGGAUCCAGGAGCGACAGUCCUGCAGAGAAAGAAACCGGGGAAAAUAACUUUGGAAUCAGCAAAGAGAAACUCCCCCAAACUACAGCCAGACAAACUGACGACAAGGAAAAGAAACCAUUCAAGCAGGAGGUGAAGCAGGAGGAAACGAUGCCCAUCAAACAAGAAAACACCGAAUCAACAGCGAAGGAAGAGAAGACGGACGUCAAACCGUCCGCCUUCGAUAACCGCGUCAGCACCAUCACUGCCGUCAAAUCUGAACCCAGGGACGCCGCGCCCGUCAUCAAGGCCCCCAGCGUACGAUUGAGCCAGCUCGGCAGGGAGGAGGAUGUGGAGUGGGCCGUGGUCAGGAGCAACCAGCAGGCCAAGAUCCCGCUGAAGAAGAGGGACCUGAAGCUGGCCGACAGCUUCCACAGCAACCACCUCAACAACAGCAGCAUCAUCGUCUGCAACCCUGCAGCCGUCGGCGGCAAAGACGGGAAGCUGCUCAACGCGUUCGGACCCCCGGCGUCGUCGCAGCAGGUCCUCGUGGCGCCCAGGCAGGAGCUGACCAAUGGGAGAGCUGCUCACCCGCCUCACAAAGAGGGACAGAACGGCGUCACGGGGGGCACAGUCCAGGUGGUCGGUCACGUCGGGGUCAUCCGCAGCCCCUCCGAGUAUCACAGAGCCCCCGGCGCUGGGCAGCAGGAGCUAAACGGGCCCAGCUCAGAACCUUUUGGGCCCAGAGGCGGGGAGGGAGACAAAGAGGUGGGUCGGCAAUCAGUGCUGGUGAGGAAGGGACCGGCCGAACAGGAGACCCCGGCAGUCCCCGUCCUUCCUCCAGACACGAGCGGAAAACCUCCGUCCUCCUCGCUGAAACCCAACGGACCUCCUGAAGCCACGGAAAGGAGCGCCGGUCCUGUCGGCGCCUCCUCUCAGGGUGAGGAGGAGUCUGGAGCGAGUCGUCGUCAGGAGACGAGAACAGAAGCACCGGAGCUCAGCGAGGCAGCUCCGGUCAAAGCUGAUCCGGGGAGAGGGAACUCAGAGUCCAGCAGAACCGUUUUAUCCCUGAAAAUACACAAGUGGGACAAAAUGGACGUGCAGGGGCUGAACGGGGGGCUGGCCAGCCGGGUCAGGGUGAAGAGCAGCGGGUUCGGAUCAGAACCGAGCCAGGGUCCACGGGAGGAAGCCUCCUCCGAGCUGCAGAAAGAAGGCAUCCGGUUAAAGAUCAAGAUUCCUCCUCACCGGAGAAACAAGCUGAAAAAGAAGGGAGGAAAGGAGGAGGAGAAAGAGAGGGAGGUGCAGGAGGAGGGGAGGUCGCUGAGGAGGUCUGCAAGGAUCUGCAGAUCAUUUGCUCUGCCAAACUGCAGGCCGAGUUCAAAGGCAGCCGAGAGUCAGAGGAAGAAACCGCAAAAAAAACAGCCGACGCCAGCCAGAACGAGAGAGGAGGAGGAAGAGGAGGAGGAGGAAGGAGGCGACGAGGAGCACGGCUCGCCUGUAGUGAAAGAAAGAAAAGCUGGACCGGCUGGGAAAUUUAGGAAACGAAGGGGCAAACGGCGGCACGGACGACCUCGAUGGACCAACAUUCGCCCGAAGAGACGCAGACCGAACGAGAAGGAGGAGGCAGAGGACGGGGGCAGGAAACCUGGAGAAGAGGAGGAUGAGGAGGAGGAGGAGGAGGAGGAGGAUGAAGGAGUGAGCAAUUCGGAGGGAGAAUCGUGUAAAUCGGAGCAGAUUCCCAGCGAGGACGCCUGCAGUCACUGUGGCCUCCCAAACCACCCGGAACUGAUCCUGCUGUGCGACUCGUGUGAUAAAGGAUACCACACCGCCUGCCUGCGACCGCCGCUCAUGCUGAUCCCAGACGGAGAAUGGUUCUGUCCACCGUGUCAACACAAGAUGCUGUGUGAGAAACUGGAGGAGCAGCUGCAGUAUCUGGACAGCAUUCUGAAGAAACGAGAGCGAGCGGAGAGGAGGAGGGAGCGGCUGGUGUACGUGGGGAUCAGCGUGGAGAACAUAAUCCCUGGAGAGGAGGACGAAGAGGAGGAGGAGGAGGAGGAGGAGAAAUCAGCGAAGCAGAAAGAUUCAAAGAAGAGCAAAAAUCUGGGAAGAAGAUCGACCAGAACCAGGAAACACAUCAGCUACAGGUUCGAUGACUUCGACGACGCCAUCGACGAGGCCAUCGAGGAGGACCUCAGGGACCUCUGUGGAGGAGGAGCAGAGAGGGGCAAAGAAGUCACCCCCGCCCUCCCAGAGGACGGGAAGGUCAGCCAGCGUCCAAUCAGAAAUCAGACUCGAUCGGCCAGGAGCAGGAAGAAGCGGCGCCUGAACGACCUGGAGAGCGACAGCACGGCGGUGGAGAGCGAGGACGAGUUUCAGCUCAGCAACAGCUCCGAGGAUGAGGAGUUCGGUGCAUCCGGGGCAGACGAUGACGGGGAGGAGGAAGACGAGGACGCCGGCAGCGACGGGGGCAGCUGGCACCGAGGGACCCGCCCCAAACGGGGGCCGAGAGGAGCGCCGAAAUAUAAACCAAAGAAGACCCAACGGCAGGGCAGGAAGCGGCGGCGGAGACGCUCCAGCGAGGAAGAGGAGGAAGACACCGACGUAGAGAUGGACUCGGAUCAGUUCAGCGACAUGACCGACAGCGACGCGGACAGGAAGAGGCGGGGUCUGAGGCGGGGCCAGCGACAGCAGGUCAACUACAGGGAGACCUCGGAGUCGUCAGACAACUCCAGGCCCUCCGCUGAGCAGGUCAGCGUGAAACGCCGGGGCAGACCGCGUAAAGAGCGCCUGUCGAGCGACUUCAGCGACGAGUCACAUUCGUCCAAAGACUCCGACGAGGAGGACGCUUACGAGGACGAGGAGGAAGAUGACCAGAGGAGAGUGAAAAAGAGAAGACGAGAGGAGCAGGAGGACCUCCGGGGCAGGAGGAGGCGAGAGAGGCGCAGAGGACACGAGGAGGAGAAGGACGCAGGGGAAGGAGGGAGGAGAGAGAAGAGGAGGCAGCUGGAGAAGGACGACGACAGACGGAGGAGGUUAUCCCGCGAGGAGAAGGAGGAGGAUCUGGAGAAGAUGGGCCGGGGGAAGAGGAGGGAGAUCCUGUCGCAGCAGCGGCGCAGGCGGCUCGCUCAGAUGCUGAAGAAACGACGGCCUUCGACGGACGAGGAGGACGAAAGCGAGGACUCUGAAUCUUCGUCGGAGGAGGAUCGUCCGAUCCGCAAAAGACUCAACCGCAUCGACUCCGACGAUGAAGAGGACGACGGACAGAAGGCGGGAAGUAAAAAGUCCUCGGCGGCGGAGAGGAGGGCUGACAGGAGAAACAGUGACGCUCGGGAAAAGGGGAGGGGCCGGAGCCUGUCCCCGUCGAACAGACAUCAGGCCUCCAGAGGCCCAGAGAAGCCUGGGACUGGAGGUCCAGCUGCGUCCAGGGACAGUGUCACCUCAGGCAGGCAGGAAAGGCACAAUGGCCCCCUUCAUGAGGACGAAGAGGAGGAGGAGGAGGAGGGCCAGUCAGGCUCAGCAGACUCGGUCCAAAACAGCCCUCGGUCAUGAUGGCUGCGCUCGCCUCAGUUCCUCAUCACCCACAGACCCCCUCUUAAAGCCCCCUCAUGUUUCUCACUGUUGUACCGUGGUAGAGUGCCGUUCACCAUCACGCCAUCCAUCCCCACGCUCGGCCGCCGGACCCAACGGACCACUCGGACCAAAACGUCUCGUCAUAGAGUUAGUUUGUAACGAGCGUCGUCAUGCUUAUAACCCUUACAGGGAUAGUUCAGAGCGUUCCGAAGCAGCGUUCUGUGGAAGUUAAUAUCUUACCUGUUGCAGAUAGCUCUUUGAACGACCUCAGUUUGGAGAAAUUCAGUUUAACACCCGGGCUCACGGCUAGUCCCCGCCGUCCUAAAACAACUUCAUUCUCACAAAAAACAAAGUGAACACCAUUUUAUUUUUUAAACCUUUAUAUUUUUCAUAUUAUUUGAUUUACUCCUGCUGGAAGUGCUACAGCUAGCUGCUACAGUUUUCUAUAAAUAAACUGUGACGGGCAGCGGGACGGCUCAGAGGUUAAACAGUUAAUAAAAUAAUGUGAAAUUCAUGUCUUCAUUGUGGGUUCUUUCUCGGUUUUAAAAGGAAUUGUGUGUGCAGGGGGUGUUGUGUUUAGUUUUGUUUCCAGUUUGAACGGGGAAAAAGAAAACCAGGAAAUGAGACGAGGGUUUAGGGAUUGCAAAAUCAGUCAUUUUUUUGUGCUACUUUGACAGUUUGGGUCCAAAUUGAUAUGAUUUAAAAAAAAUUUCUGCAGCUGACAUGAAGGGGAUGGUUUUUUUUUCUCCCAGAUAUUAAUGCUCAUUCUCUCUGUUCUGGUCUAGAUCAUAACUACCGGUGCUUCCAGUUCUUUGAGCUACACUCUGUGGAGCUGAAACCUUGAUCGAUAGUUUGUUCUCUGCCCAGCUGUCAGCCAGUCGUUUAGAAUUAAGCUUUUAUUUCUCCAAACUGAGGCGGACCAAAGAACAAAUUAGUUCACUUUUCCACAGAAAACCGACUCCAGAGGAUCUCGAGUGUUUUGAUAAGUCGGCGUCAGCGCGAACACUUUUAGGUUUUUAUCUCAUUAAACCCAUUUUUGAAGCAUUUAAACAAAAACUUUAGAAGCUUCAGGAACUUACUAAUCCCUAAAGUCUGGUGUAUUUAAACAAAUCAACAUUUAUCAACACAUUGGAGUUGCUCAGAAUCAAAAACUAAAUUCUUACUCGUUUAAAUUAAAUCAAAUAAAAAACAUAAAUCAAGUUAAGAUCCAGAGUGUUCGUUUUCAGGUUGCUCUGUGUUCCACGCUUGCUGUACAUAUUCUGCCUGUUCCGUGUAAGAUAAUAGAUGUCCUGAUAGUCUUCUUGUAAAAUAUAGUGUUAUAUUUUCUAUAUUCUGAAGGUGAGGAGGAGGCGUGAAGAUCCAUCUGCUUUCAGCUUGUUUUGUUUUGAGACCCCCGCUGUGGAAAAAAACACGUUAGGUUUGGUAAACUGGGUAUAAGCUCCGUACAGGAAAUGCGUUAAUGUGAUUUAGUUUUUGUUUGAAGCCCCUUCACGUGUAAAAUCUCUGAGCUGCUCGGCCUCUUCUACAGGUUUUGUAACAUUUCAUAUCCUGAGUAAUAGAACAGAUUUUUUUUUUAAAUUAACGUGACAUUACUGUCUGGGAUUUUUCUUCAACUUGAUGCCACUUUUUUUUCAUUUUCUUCUCUCUCCAUGGAGUCAAAUCACUGUUUAGGUUUUAUUAGUCUGGUCGUGAUUUCAAUGGAAGAGGCUCUGGUCCCUCGUGAUGCCUGUAAUAAACAAAAUGUUUGGUUUUAAAAUUUUAUUUCACGGAGCUUUACUUCAUGUUUUGGGGUUUGUAAAAAGGUUGCCUUUCAAAUGUUAAACAGAUCCGACUUUUUCCAAGUUUCUUUAAACAAAGCUGAGAGUAAAAACGAGUUUUUAGGAGCAAAAUCUACCAACAGGUUGUGAUAAAGUGUUGGCGUGUUCUUUGUAUGAUGCAUGUUUCAGUGGAACAAUCAUUAACGUCCUGGAAAUAAUUUGACUUUGUAUAAAGUAUUUAGAUUAAA